AUGGCCCUGGACACAGUCCAUGAAGGAGAUACCGACCCUGCAGAGGUGUCAAAGUCCAGGGAGCGACGUGGGAAAACGGGCUGCGAAGUCCCUGGGUUCCCACUCAGCGAGGGUGAGGAGGGGUCAGGAGAUGGCCGUCUGCAGCUCCCACACCGGAAGUGGCUGUCCGUAGCUCCCACACCGGAAGUGGCUGUCUGCAGCUCCCACACUGGAAGUAGCUGUCUGCAGCGCCUCCCACACCGGAAGUGGCUCCCACACCGGAAGUGGCUUUUUGCAGAGCUCCCACACCGGAAGUGGCCUUCAGCAGAGGCUCCCACGGGAAGCAGCUGCCUGCAGAGGUUGGGUGGCGUCCUUCACGUUGAGGCCCGUGCUGCCGAGGGUCCAGAUUCCCAGUCCCAGGGGCCCCCAUCGGCAGGAAGGCCAAAUAGAUGCGCCAGCCCGGAGGCUCAGCCGUCCGACUCCUCGGGCCUCACCUCCCGCCCCGGGACUGCGCUGUCGAGAGUGAUGGUAAACGGCCUUGAAAGUACAAGCCGUGAAUCUGAGAUUAGACCUGAGCUUGCCGAGGUGGUCGCGCUGCUGCUGCUGUCCGGGCUGCUGUGUAUCUCCCGGAGGAAUGGGCCAGAACUUUAUACACAUUAUUUGGAAGGCCAACCGAGGUGAAUAAAGUGCAAUUCUC